AUGCCCUCUGCGGAGAUGCUUCUCAGCCCGCCAUCCGUACCAGUCAAGAAUGUCGAUGAAAUGGUCGCUAUCGGAUGGGAUAAGAAGCUUGAUCAGCACCUCAUCUCGAUUCCUGAUGUAUCAGCGAUAGAUGAGAUUGUUUCUCCAUUGAAAAAUUCCAUCCUUGCGCGCAAACGUUGCUUUUCCUCUCCACAUAAAGCAAGAAGCGGUGUUGCAGCAGGUGGUUCAUUGGCACCAGUUGCAAAAGAAGCGGAAAACGUCUGGUGUUUGCCCGAAGAGUGGGGGACGAAGGUCGCUCGUUCACAACAAGUAGUUCGCUCACGGAGCAGAACACGAUUUGAAAAGCGCAAGAAUGAUUGUAGUCAAAGCGAUCAUGGAUCGACCGUCAUAGACGAUGUUACUGAUAUGACCUCUGCUACUGAUGCCGACAUCUACCCGUUCGCGCACGAGCAACCCGAGCACGAAAUGGAUAACGAUAUUGUUGGCGUAAAAGUUGUGGUUGCUGAUGAAGAUUACCCAGGAUUGCUGAGUUGUAACGAAGACGAAGAAACGUCCGAGGAUGUGACUAGCGGCGAAAGCUCAAUGGAUGAAGAAAUGCUGAUGAUCAUACCUGCCGAGUUUCAGACGGCUCGCAGUUUUGACGAGGAUGAUUCCACGUCGUCAUUGCACCCAGUAGCGCGUCUCCUGGACAGUCUAAGGGUGGAGCAGCCUGACAAGGCUCGUGUCGUCGAAACGCUGGAGGCUAUAAAGCAGGCUCUCGAGAUGUCCACGGCACGGAUCAUUGUGGAUCGUGAGGGUUUUCUCACUUUGAUGGAACUUGUGUGGAGAGAUUAUUCUGAGGCUUGCACGAUGCACGCUUUGGAUUUAUUACAAUCGAUUGCCGGCCUCGAUCCUGACUUUGUGGCAACUUUGGUUGAGUCGAAACUCGUGAAGAUCUUGCUUGCCGUUAUCAAACACAGAUCAUCUCCUCAGCAGGUUGAUUUGGCUGCAUCGUUCCUUCUUGAAACUAUUGUCGAAAACAAGGAGGCAACGGAACAAUUGUGGAAGUGCCGUGGUGUCGGUGUGAUGGAGGAUAGCAGCGUAAUCAACAAACGACUUGUGCAGGAAGUGAAGUCUACGAUGGCUAAAUUCAAGCGCAACGAAGGCUUGAAGUGUCUUGAGGACGGUGAAUUUCAUUUGGCGAUCGACAAGUUCACUGAAGCGAUUAAUUUGGAUCGCAAGCGUGCGGGGUACUACGGUGACCGAAGUUUGGCGUAUAUGGAGGCAUCAAUGUUUAAGAAAGCAGCGGACGACGCUUACCGCUGCAAGCGCUACAACCCGUACGAUGUGAUGGGUUACCUACGACAUGGCUUGGCUCUUCGAGCAAUGGGAAAGUACAAAGAGGCGGUCGAGACGUUGCGGAAGGGGACGGAGGUUGAUCCCAAGUUCGUCAAAAUAUUUGACGUACUCACCGAGACUAAGCAGCUGUACAAGGCUCAGUUGAAAGGAGUGAAUGAUGGCGCCACGUUGCGCCGCAUGACGGCUGCUGAAUCCGCAAAACUGAAGAAAAGGGAUGGCGACGACGCUCUUCGAAAGAAGGAUUAUGUGCUUGCAAUUGCAUGCUACACUGAAGCUCUCGAGCUUGACCCAAAAAACGAUUGA